AGGGGCGGCUCUGAUUAUCAGCGAGCCAAAUCCGAGCUCUGGGAAAUGGAGACGGGAGCUGCUGCUUUUCCACCCAGCGAUGUGCUGAAGGGAACGGACAGCGAAUGACUGCAGGAAAGCGCUGCUCCCACAUCGCCUCUUCCCGGGAAGCUGGCACACUCCCUGCGCUCCUGAAGUUCCCGCAGUCGCUGGCUCAGGUUGGGGUUAACCACAGCAAGUUCCAUCUGCCUGAGUCCCAGUUUGCAGGGGGUAAGCAGGUGAUUUCUUGUUUUUCCUCCCCUGUGCGUGUGUGAAUACUGAACACCAGAAAGUCUGCUUGGAAGCCUGGGAGAGCUUGAGAAAAGCCACGGAGGAGAGCUGUGGUGGUUCGGAUAUAUUGGACACAAAGUGCUGGCACCUCUGCUCCAGGGAUUCAUAUGGCUUGAAGAGUGAAACUGGAGCCUGGCACUUUCACCUCCAUGGAUCCCCUAAACCUCUCUUGGUACAAUGGUGACAUCGGUGACAGGAACUGGAGCAAACCACUCAACGAGUCCAGUGUAGACCAGAAGCCUCAGUAUAACUACUAUGCCAUGCUGCUCACCCUCCUCAUCUUCGUCAUCGUUUUCGGCAAUGUGCUGGUGUGUAUGGCUGUGUCCAGGGAAAAAGCCCUUCAAACUACCACUAAUUACCUGAUCGUCAGCUUGGCGGUGGCAGAUCUCCUGGUAGCGACUCUGGUCAUGCCGUGGGUGGUCUAUCUGGAGGUGGUCGGUGAGUGGAGGUUUAGUCGGAUCCACUGUGAUAUCUUUGUAACCCUCGAUGUUAUGAUGUGCACUGCCAGUAUCCUCAACCUCUGUGCCAUCAGCAUUGACAGGUACACAGCAGUAGCAAUGCCCAUGCUGUAUAACACCCGCUACAGCUCGAAGCGCAGGGUCACGGUCAUGAUUGCUGUGGUCUGGGUGCUCUCAUUUGCCAUCUCCUGCCCUCUCCUCUUCGGCCUCAACAACACAGAUGAGAAUGAGUGCAUCAUUGCCAACCCUGCUUUUGUUGUGUAUUCCUCCAUCGUCUCCUUCUACGUUCCCUUCAUUGUCACGCUGCUGGUGUACGUGCAGAUUUACAUAGUGCUCCGCAAGCGCAGGAAGCGCGUCAACACCAAGCGCAGCAGCCACGGCCUGGACUCGGACACACAAGCCCCACUGAAGGACAAAUGCACUCAUCCAGAAGACGUCAAGCUCUGCACAGUUAUUGUGAAGUCCAAUGGGAGUUUCCAAGUUAAUAAGCGCAAAGUGGAGGUGGAGAGUCACAUAGAAGAGAUGGAGAUGGUGUCCAGUACCAGUCCCCUCGAGAAAACCACCAUCAAACCAGCGGCACCAAGUAACCAUCGGUUGGUUGUGCCAAUUGCUUCAACCCAGGGCACCAACUCAACCCUGCAGGCACCCUUGGACAGCCCUGGGAACGCAGAGAAGAACGGACAUGCCAAAGAAACCCCUCGCAUAGCCAAGGUCUUUGAGAUCCAGUCUAUGCCCAACGGCAAGCUGAGAACCUCUCUGCUCAAGGCCAUGAACAGGAGAAAACUGUCACAACAGAAGGAAAAGAAAGCCACUCAGAUGCUAGCCAUUGUACUCGGUGUUUUCAUCAUCUGCUGGCUCCCAUUCUUCAUCACUCACAUCCUGAACAUGCACUGCGACUGCAACAUCCCCCCAGCAAUGUACAGCGCCUUUACGUGGCUCGGGUACGUCAACAGUGCUGUCAACCCAAUUAUUUACACCACCUUCAACAUCGAAUUUCGCAAGGCUUUCAUGAAGAUCCUCCACUGUUAAAAGCAAAAUCAGCAACCACGUUUUUAAGAAUGAGAAAAAAAUAAAUCAAUGUCAUUCACGCACACGAUCGGGCAGCUGUGGGGAGGUCUGGAGCUGCUGGGUUGGGCACGAGGCCUACGGUGUUACAGCAGCACCAUGACCCUGCAUCUCUUGGUGGGGAUGUAAGGGGGACCUUCGUGUGGGAGGUUCUCAUGCCUCGAGGUGACCUUUGGACUCUGGGACAUCAAUCCCAAGGGCACUUUUCAGAGCUACCCUCACACUGUGUUCAAAGUGGAAGCAAGAAUCAAGACACACUGACUUGAUUCUUGCCUGAGGCCAUCUAACCUGGAGUGCAUUAAACACAGGCAGGCGCAGAGCCACGGGAAUGCAGCGAGAGGUCGCUGCCGCUGCUGGCUUGUGUGGUAACGUCAUCGACACAAUUCUCACCAAAGACAAGACCAUCUUCUCCGCUUUGCAAUAGGAGCCAGACAGAGCUUGCGGAAACUCCACGCAAUAGCUUUGCCUUCACCUCGAGCUGACUUACAGAGUAUUAAACUGCUGAAGCCUCGCGAAAAAGCUUCAAGAGAUCCCCAGGUGGGCUAAGAAGGUUCUGCCACCUACAAAUCCAAACCCUGCAACAAUGUGGGCCUAUAAGCAACGGCCAGAUGGAGGAAGGGGAACCUAAGUCUCAUGUGGAAGACUACAUCAGUGUAAAUAUGAAUAAAUAGGAUGGAUUGAACAGAAGCUCAAGCCAAAAAAUAGAUGGAGAGAAACUAAAGAAGUGAUACCUUGUAUUGCAUGGUGUACAUUCAGAUAAACUGGACACCAACCGCCAUCUCCCAUCAGCCAGCGCAGCAGUGAUUUCUGCUCACCAGCAUUUCACCUCCAGUCUCUGACAAGAAGGUACAGAACUAGGUGAGGAGUGUCAGUGCGGUGACCGUGGAAACACGAGGACAGUGUGCCAGGUGAGGCACCUGCAGCCGGGUCGUCUCAGGUGUGAACUUGGACAAGUCAGCUGAGUUAGGUGCAGCUCUCGCCUAACGUCAGGGCGCCACGAAGACGAGGACCACCUCAGAUAUGAUUUGCUUAUGUCUCUCAGAGAGAGUGCAGAAUAACAUCGUGCCUAACUUAAAUGAGAUAAAACUGUGUGUUUUGGAAAAAGCCAGAAUAAAAUCCCAAGGAAGCCCCUUGCUAGACUUGCUCCUGUGUCCAAGCUGGACUGUGGAAAGGUCUGGAUGUUCCCAGCAUCCUUACCCUCCGAUGUGUCUCUUUCAUGGGCUGAAACAAUCGAAAACCCGUAACAGCAUCACUUCACCACGCUGACUCUGGCAUUGCCAAAUCCACACUGUACUUACUAAUUGUACUCAGUUCACAACAUAUUUUGUAGUAUCUCUGUAAAUAAAAUAUAGUAAGAUUAAUAAAAUGACAUGGAAAUAG